UGUACUUUCGGAUACAGCUGGAAACCAUUAACAACUCUGAGAGCAUCUCUAACUCAGAGGGUGGGUGGCCUGGCAAAGCUCCUGGAUCUCUGAGCGUAAUCACCAGCUCUUAGCACUGGGAGGGGUUUCAUUUCCACCUCCCACCCAGGACAGAAACCCCUUACAACCGUUCUGUUUGCACUCUUCCACCAAAGGUCUGUUCAUGUGAAGCGAUGAACAGCCCAUUGAAGCAUCAAUUCCUAGAAAGUUCUUGGCAAAUUUACCUCUAUAGAAAGUUCACCCUUCCAGUUCCCCCACUCUGGUGUCACAGCUCACAAGAGUGCUGCUUGUAGACACAAAGGACCCCUAGCCUCUGGGUUUUCCCUUCUAGCGGCUAAAUGACCCUUUCUUGUCUAUCCUGUCCUGACUCACAUUUAGUCUUUUCCAGCAUCCACGUGAACUUGCCCACUCUGAACUCUGUUUAUGUUUCAGAAUCACGUUUGGAAACUUUCCAAAGAGCUGGUCCCAGAACUGGACACAUUCCUAGCUAUGGAGUCACCUGAGGCAGGCUUGCAUGUUGCUUCCUCACUAGGCAGCCUUGGCUGGCCUGGCACUUGUUAUAUAGAACGAGGCGGUCCUAAGGACCCACUUGCCUCUGCCUCCUGACUAAAGGAAUGAACCAACACAACACACCUUUGCGGCUGUGCCUCAGAUCAACUGCGAUGUCAAAGCUGGAAAGAUCAUCAAUCCUGAGUUCAUGGUGAAAUGUCCAGCGGGCUGCCAGGACCCCAAAUACCAUGUUUACGGCACUGGCGUCUACGCGUCUUACUCCAGCGUGUGUGGCGCCGCAAUUCACAGCGGUGUGCUGGAUAAUUCAGGAGGGAAAAUACUUGUUCGGAAAGUUGCUGGGCAGUCUGGUUACAAAGGAAGCUACUCGAAUGGGGUUCAGUCUUUAUCUUUACCCAGAUGGCGAGAGUCCUUCAUCGUCGCAGAAAGUAAGCCCCAAAAGGGUGUAGCCUACCCAUCGACUCUUACAUAUUCAUCAUCGAAAACUGCAGCUGCUAAAGCAGGUGAGACCACAAAAGCCUAUGAGAAGCCAUCUAUUCCAGGGACAACCAUACAGCCUGUCACCCUGACACAGGCUCAAGCUACCCCUGUAGCUGAGGUCACCCACAGAUCCACCUCAAAGCCAUUUGCAGCAUCUGUCACCAACAGCCCCAGACCCCAACCUGUGGGCCACAGGAGUCAGGAGAUGGAAGAGGUGGACGGGUGGAAGCCUGGACCAGUCCUUUUAGAUUCAGGAUUUGUGCCAAAAGAAGAACUCAGCACACAGUCUUCGGAGCCAGUGCCGCAGGGAGAUCCAAACUGCAAAAUUGACUUGUCCUUCUUAAUUGAUGGGAGCACCAGCAUCGGCAAGCGCCGCUUCCGGAUCCAGAAGCAGUUCCUAGCGGACGUCGUCCAGGCUCUUGACAUCGGCCCUGCCGGUCCCCUCGUGGGUGUUGUUCAGUACGGAGACAAUCCUGCUACCCAGUUUAACCUCAAAACUCACAUGAAUUCUCAAGAUCUGAAGACAGCUAUAGAGAAAAUUACCCAGAGAGGAGGCCUUUCUAAUGUAGGCCGUGCCAUCUCCUUUGUAACCAAGACCUUCUUUUCCAAAGCCAAUGGGAACAGAGGUGGUGCUCCCAAUGUGGCUGUGGUCAUGGUGGAUGGCUGGCCCACAGACAAGGUGGAAGAGGUGUCACGAGUUGCCAGAGAGUCUGGGAUCAACGUCUUCUUCAUCACCGUCGAAGGGGCCGCCGAAAGGGACAUACAGCAUGUGGUGGAGCCCGGUUUUGCCAGCAAGGCAGUGUGCAGAACAAACGGGUUCUACUCCUUCAAUGUGCAGAGCUGGCUCAGCCUUCACAAAACAGUGCAGCCCCUGGUGAAGCGGGUCUGCGACACGGACCGCCUAGCCUGCAGCAAGACCUGUUUAAACUCUGCGGACAUAGGCUUUGUCAUCGAUGGGUCUAGCAGCAUGGGGACAAGCAACUUCCGCACGGUCCUGCAGUUCGUGGCCAACCUCAGCAAGGAGUUUGAGAUUUCAGACACCGACACACGCGUCGGGGCCGUGCAGUACACCUACGAGCAGCGGCUCGAAUUUGGGUUCGACAAGUAUAACAGCAAAGCCGACAUCCUCAGUGCCAUCAGGAGGGUGGGGUACUGGAGCGGAGGCACCAGCACAGGGGCUGCCAUCCAGUAUGCCCUCGAACAGCUCUUCAAGAAGUCCAAACCGAACAAGAGGAAGGUAAUGAUCAUUAUCACUGACGGCAGGUCUUACGAUGACGUGCGGAUCCCAGCCAUGGCUGCCUACCAGAAGGGGGUGAUCACGUAUGCAAUAGGCAUUGCGUGGGCUGCUCAGGACGAGCUGGAGGUAAUGGCCACUCACCCCGCCAAGGACCAUUCCUUCUUUGUGGAUGAUUUUGACAACCUCUACAAAAUUGCCCCCAGGAUCAUCCAGAAUAUUUGUACAGAGUUCAACUCACAGCCUCGAAACUGAGCUGGGACCAGACAGAGGAUGGCAAACACUGUCUUACGGAUCCUUGGGACCAUCCCUCGCCUUGUGCCUAUGGGUGGGGGUGGAGUGGGGGGUAGGGGGAGUUUCUGACAGAGCUUGGGAAAAGGCGUUUGGUGUUACUAUUCUUUGCCAUUGGUGGUGUGCAUGCUUCAAAACCUACCAGGUAAAAGGCUGGCUAGGAGCUCUCAGGUUGGGUUCAAAUACUGCAUCGCUUUGUGUGCACUGAAGAAUCCACAUUUUGACAGUUGUUUUCAAAAUAGUUAAUCCAGAGGAGAGUCCAGCUCUUAGGACAGGAAAGACCUGAGAGGUUAUAGGAAGUUUGUUUACAUUUCCCAUUAGAACUCUGUAAUUGUCCAUAAGUAUCUUUUUAUUGUUUUCUUCCCCUUUUUUACUUUCUUUUUCUUCUUUUUUGUCAUGAGAAUGUGGGAGUUGCUGAAAUAAAUGUUUCAAAGAAUCAUGG